GAGUGUGUAUAUUUAGUGAUAGUUAAAAAUCCUUUUUUGAUGCGAAAAUGUCAUUAAAUGUAGAUAAUUUGAUAAAUCAACUGUUGCAAGUGAAAGGAACAAACAAGAAAGUGAAACUGGAUGAAAAUGAUAUGAGAUUAUUGUGUCUGAAAGUGCGGGAAAUCCUUAUGUCCCAGCCUAAUUUGCUUGAAUUGGAGACACCGAUCGUAAUAGCCGGCGAUAUCCACGGCCAAUUUCACGACCUGUUAAAAAUAUUCGAGGGCGGCGGCUAUCCCCCACACGUUAACUAUCUGUUCUUAGGCGAUUACGUGGACAGAGGUAAAAACUCGCUGGAAACUAUUUCUCUGCUGUUUGCCUACAAAGUCAAGUAUCCAGAGAACUUUUUCCUUCUGCGAGGCAACCAUGAGUGCGGAGCCAUAUGCAAAAUCUACGGUUUCUACGACGAAUGUAAAAGAAGAUACGGCACAAAGCUCUUCAAAACAUUCACAGACGUUUUUGAUUGUUUACCAUUCGCCGCCGUAAUCGAUGACAAAGUUUUCUGUUGUCACGGUGGUUUAAGUCCAGAUCUAAAACACUUGGCACAAAUAAAUCAGAUCAAAAGACCUUUACCGGAUCCUUUGAACGGCUUGGCUUGCGAUCUUCUCUGGUCCGAUCCUACGAAAUCGGUGAAUGGGUGGGCUGAGAACGAUCGUGGUGUCUCUUACCUGUUCGGAAUCGACGUACUCGAGAAUUUCUUAAAGAAGCACGAUUUUGAUCUCAUGUGCAGAGGCCAUCAAGUCGUAGAAGAUGGCUACGAGUUUUUCGGCAAUCGCAAACUCAUAACAAUAUUCUCGGCUCCGAAUUAUUGCGGCGAAUUUGAUAACGCUGCAGCCUUAAUGACAAUUGACGAGAAUCUCUGCUGCUCCUUUAAGAUUCUAACGCCCAGGAGUGGAGUGGGAAAUAUAUUGAAAUAAUUGUAUAUUAACGUUUCACAUUUAAUAAUUAAAACAGAUCAAUUAAAAUUUGAAUCUAAAAUAUCCUCACGAUAUACAUCCGCAUAUCUGGGAAACUGCAAGACAUCUACGGUUUCCACGGUUCGCUUCCUUUUAACCCUGUUGUAAAUGACACCGAAGAUCGCCAGGAUUACCAUUCCGAAAACGGAUGUCGCAAUCACGGCCAACGAUAUUU